UUCUAUAAAAAUUGCCAAACUUUUGUCACUCGAGCCAUGCAUGGUUUUCGAUGGAAGUUUUGGAGCAAUUUUGAAAAUAUUGUUCAUUUAUAAUUGUUAAAUUAAUAGUUUUAAAUAGUUUGUAUGUAAAGAUGAUCUAUUCAACAUUUUAAAUAAUACAUGUAACUCACCAGUCACGACAAAUACAGGAAAAAACAGUUGUCACUUCUCCAAAUACCUAAUUAUAGAAGCAUAUUUUUCAAAUAAUGAAGCAAAUUUAUAUAAAGGUUAUGCAUUUAAUCCGUAUACAGGGCCUUUAAAAAACAAUUUUUAUUCAUUCAGUACUAGUCUAAAAAUUAUAAAUGGAAAAAAAAGAUUUUGUUUUGUGUCACUAGAAUUGUCGUCAUUACCGCAACUUAAUUAAUAUUUUCUUCCAGUGGUAUAUAUGGUUUAUUGUAACCUUUGUUUUAUGACGUAUGCAAAAGCUUGUUUGGGCGCGAACGUUUUAACAACAGACGAGGCCGCGAAUUCAUGAGCUGAAAUAAUUAAAAGGCAUAGGAAGUAUGGCGUUGACAAGCGGCGAAAGAUCGGCGCUAUGGCGCAAAAGACAGAGAAAUGAUACAGAAAAACACGAAAAGUACAAGCAAAAAGAAAGAGAGCGAUAUUUGAAAAGGAAGGAAAGGGGCAAUAUAAAAUUAGUUCACGACAUGUCCGAAAGAGAAAAAAGAUCAAAGCGACGUGCAUGGAAGAUUAGCAGUAAAACCUACAGAGAUCGAACGAAAAAGAUCACAGCGGCAUUGAAAUUAACCAUGACACCCCCGAAUUCCCCACCAGACAAUGGACCAGGGCCAAGCCGAGAGAUACAGAACAGGGACAGAGGCCGAAGAAAAAAGAAUUUAAAUAGAUCAAAAGCAUACAGAGAACAGUUUAAAUUAAGAAUAGCACUCAACAAAGAAAGACGCAUGAAAGAUAUGUACAAGAAGAGGUACUACAGGUUAAAAAACAAGAACAUUAAGCGCACUGAAAGUCAAAUUGAUAAUGAAGUGGAAAUAAUAAUGAACGAUAGAGCGAAGACAAAGACCGCCAUUACCAUGUACUCGAUACUUAUAAAUAACAUAAGAAAGAGGUAUUCAAAUGCUGAAACCGCCGAAAAGAGAAUGCUAAAAAAAUUGAUAUAUAGGGAAGCAGUAUUACGCAAAUACGGGAUAGGGGAUUUUGCCAAAAAAGCAACCGGGAUUUCAGAGAGUAGAAUACGGGUGCACGCAAACACACCACGAAGACAGAGAAGCACAGUUUUCCAGAAAAACAUAACAGACUUCUUUGAAAGAGAUGAUAACUCGAGAAUCAAGGCCGGAAAGAAAUCAACCAUCACAAGAAGAAAAGUGAAAAAGCAGAUUCGAUUAAUGAAUGAUAGUUUAACAAACUUGCACAAGAAAUUUCUUUAUGAAAACAGCUCCAACAUCAGUUUUAGUCUUUUUGCAAGGUUGAAGCCUUUUUGGAUAAAACGAGCCACUGAGAAAGACCGCGAAACUUGUUUGUGCAAAAUUCAUGAAAAUCCCAUAUUAAAAUUAAAUAAACUUGCAAGUGAAGGUGUGUUCGAACACCGCGAUCUGAACACCUUAAUACAAGAUAUCACGUGCGAUACAAACUCAAUGUCCUGCAUGUACCGCACGUGCACAGAGUGCAAGGACAAAGCAUUUAAAACUAAUGUCGUGAAGAGUAACAUAAAUACUGGAAAAAUCAUUGAAUGGAAAAUGUGGAAGAACAAAAGAAUUGAAAGAGAAAUAACCCUGAAUGGCGAAAAGCAAGUUAAGAAAUCAAACAUGACUUUAAAAAGCCAAGAAAGUGGGACUAUAGAAACGCUCAUUUAUGAAUUGCAUGAGGAGAUUUCACGACUUGCAAGACAUGAAUUUAACAUUAAGCACCAGUAUAUAAGGCUCCAUCAACUGAAACAAAAUUUAACAGAUAACGAGGUUAUCAUACAUAUUGAUUUCUCAGAGAACUAUCAAUGUAAAUAUGCAUCUGAGAUUCAGAGUGUACAUUUCGGUUCGUCAAAACGCCAAAUUUCUAUUCACACCGGUGUCGCCUAUUUCAAAUCCAAGCAUAUAUCUUUCGCAACCGUAUCGGACGAUUUGAAACACUCCCCUCCUGGAAUAUGGGCACAUCUCGAUCCUAUCCUCUUGCACAUCCGGCGGACCACUCCUGACAUCGAUAAAAUCCAUUUCGUCUCCGAUGGGCCUACCACACAAUACAGGUGUAAAUCAAAUUUCUACCUCUUUUCUACGAAAAUUUUCGAGUAUGGCUUUGUAAAUGGCGGAAGUUGGAAUUUUAUGGAGGCAGGACACGGCAAGGGCGCCCCUGAUGGUAUUGGAGCCGUAGUCAAGCGUGAGGCGGAUACACUCGUCAACACCCAUGAGACGGACAUAACGGGUGCUAGUGCUUUAAUGAGAGGUCUGGAGAAACUAGGAAGCCGUUUGAUGAUCUUCGAAGUGAAAAACGAUGACAUCACGCAACAGGAAGCUGCUAUUCCAACAAAGAUUACCGGCGUUCCAGAGACGAUGAAACUCCAUCAGGUUGUUGUCAAAGAAAGCGGGACAGUUCAGUCAAGAAUCCUGAGUUGUUUCUGUUCACCGGAUUGUUCAUGUUACCAACCGGUUACAACCAAUUUCAAUGUCCAGCCGUUUGCAAAUCCCGCACCGUUGGAUGACGACAGCAUCGUAGGUCCACAAAACGGGGCUGAUCUUCCUUGUCAGAUUCUCAAUGUACCAGUCAGUAUUGACGAGAGUCUAGUUGACAGCUAUUGUUUGGUCGAGUAUGAUAAUAAACCAUAUCCAGGAAAGAUUACCGAAGUAGACGACAUCGGUGUGAAAGUUAGUGCAAUGCAUUGUGUCGGUAUCAAUCGAUAUUUCUGGCCUUUACAUAAGGACGAAUGCUGGUACGAAAAAGAUCGUAUCAUUACCAUGUUACCCUGUGAACCAGAGAAGUUGAGUGGCCGUCACCAGGCCCUACCUCUACCAAUAUGGGAGGCAGUGAAAGACAAAUAUGAUCUUUAAACAUUAUCCUUUGAUAUGAAAAUGUUUUUCGGGUUGUAUUUUUGUGUUGCAUGUACGUAAAAAUCGGGAUUAACAAUCAUUGAAUUCAUAUUCUGUUACGACUAUUGUGUCGAGUAUUAAUUGGUCAUUAUAUCAUAGUGUAUAAUGUG